AUGAGUGACAACGACCUAAUCCUCAUGUCGUGGAAUGUUCGCGCCUUGAACUGCCUGGCGAAACGCACAGCCAUCAGAGAGGUAGUUCAGGAUAACCACAUUGCACUUCUAGCGUUGCAGGAGACCAAGGUGGAGGUCUGGUCGACUGGUGUAGCAACGGAGGUCGGCGGCGCUAAUCUCCAAGGGUGUGUGGUGCUGCCGGCGCACGGGACGAGAGGUGGUGCGUCGAUCUUCUGGGACAAGCAAGUAGUAGAUGUAGUGUCGCACCAUUUAGGUAGCUUCUCCAUCACGGCUAGAGUAGUGCCCAGGCUAGCGAUCGACCCUUUUUGGCUUACCACGGUCUACGAGCCAACGAACGAUGCGCAAAAAGACGGUUUCCUGGCUGAGCUCCCCGCUGUUGCACCGCUGGCGGGUGAGCCCAGGAUGAUCAACGAAGAUUUCAACAUGAUUUAUCAAGCGAGCGACAAGAGUAACAGCAACAUCAACAGGAGGAUUAUGGGCAAGUUCAGAAGAGCGUUGGACUGGGCUGGGCCGAAAGAGAUAAAGUGCAGAAACAGGAAAUUCACCUGGACCAACGAACGUGAAAGCCCCACCCUCUGCAGUAUUGAUAAAUAUUUCUGCAAUGACUCGUGGGAUGUGUUGUACCAGGAUUACAUGCUUAUGGUAGCUUCAACAUCGUUCUUUGAUCAUUGCCCGCUGAUUCUGGCCAAGGUUACCACGCCCUUCAGAAAAGCUAGAUUCAGGGUCGAGAACUUCUGGCCAAAAUUCCCUCAUUUCAAUGAAAUAGUAUUGCAAGCUUGGCAGCGGCCUGUCCCGCACGACUGCCUUUUUGUGAGGAUGAAAAGAAGGCUGGCGAGAGUAGCCACUGACCUCAAAUCUGGAGCAACACAAUGUUUGUCUCGCCGUAGGAAGAACUUCAUCCAUGCAAUCUACAGCAACGACAGAGUUGUGGUGGAUCACAACGAGAAAGAAAAGGUCAUAUUUGAUCACUUCACUGAAGCUAUGGGCCGUAGCAAGCACCAAAGAUGCACCCUGAAUUGGGACAGUCUGAAUAUCCCGGUUGUGGCCUCAACCGAUCUGGACGGGCCGUUCACCAUGCCCGAGGUCUGGGCGGCGAUCCUCGCGUCCCCCACAGAAAAGGCCCCGGGUCCAGAUGGCUUCACUGGGCAGUUCUACCGCUCAUGUUGGCCGAUCAUCAAGGAGGAGGUCAUGGCUGCUUUCAAUAAGUUCUAUCAGAUGGCAGGGAGUAAUUUCACCGAGCUGAAUUCUGCGCUCAUUGCCCUGCUGCCGAAAAAAACGGCGCGCCAGAGAUCAGCCAUUACAGAUCACAAACGGCGUUUCAGAAAGGAAAAUGCAUCCACGACAGCUUUCAGUACGUGCAAGGCUGCGUCAGAAUGCUUCAGAGAGAAAAAAAAGCAGGCCUUGCUCUUCAAGCUAGAUUUCGCUCGCGCGUUUGAUUCUGUAUCCUGGACAUACCCGAUCGAGCUGCUACAGCGCAUGGGUUUCUCGCAGCGCUGGAGAAACUGGGUAGCCUUGCUCCUCUCCACUGCAACCUCUUCCUGUCUACUGAAUGGGUCGCCGGGGCCAAGCUUCUUUCACGCCUGCGGGCUCAGGCAGGGAGACCCGCUCUCGCCGCUGCUGUUCAUCCUUGCGAUUGAUCCGUUGUACCGUCUGCUAGACGCGGCCAUGACAAGAGAGUUGAUUGCGCCGCUGCCAGGGCGCGGGGCAAGCAUGCGGGUGAGUCUAUAUGCGGACGACGCAAUAAUCUUCGCCAAUCCAAUCAAAGAAGAGAUCACCGCCUUGCUGGGGCUGCUGCAUUCUUUUGGAGAGGCCACGGGGUUGAAGCUGAAUCAAGCAAAAUCUUCAGUUAUCCCGAUGAAAUGUGAUGGCCAGCUUCUGACAGAGGUUUUGUAA